ACAAAGUUUUGACGAGCUGAUUCGAAUUCCUCCAGUUUCGAAAAUAUCUCAAGGAUAGUAAAGUACCUAGGUACAAUAGUUUGCGUGAAAAACUACUCUUGAAAAACGAUACACUGAAAUUUUAAAACACAGAUUUUUAUACAAAUAAUAUAUUAUCAUAAUAAGGUGAUAUAAAGUGUGGGACAGUGUAUUCUUAAAAUAACAGACAUUAAUUCCAUGUAUUCUGCGUGACGUCAUGUGAGCGAGCAAGAUGGGAGGCGUCGCGCGAGUGUCGCCUGAACAGAGCGAGGACACACAACAUGCUUCAAACACGGUGGGUACACAAAGACAGCUGACUGGCAGUGCGCUGGUAGUGACGUCACUAAUAGCGGGCGCUGCGGCCGGCGCGCUAGCCAAGACGGCGAUCGCGCCGUUGGAUAGGACGAAGAUUAACUUUCAGACAUCCCAAACCCCGUACUCAUGGCGCGCGGCACUCGCGUUCCUGGAGCGGAGUUGCCGCACCGAGGGUGUGACGGCGCUCUGGCGCGGCAACAGCGCCACGAUGGCGCGCAUCGUGCCGUACGCCGCGAUACAGUUCACCGCGCACGAGCAGUGGAAACGCGCGCUCGGGGUCGACUCGCCGCAGACUGCGCAGGCGUCCCCGCUCCGCCUGCUGGCGGCGGGCUCCCUGGCGGGCGUGACGUCACAGAGCGCCACGUACCCGCUGGACCUGGCGCGCGCGCGGAUGGCGGUCGCGCAGUACCGCUCGCUGCGGCAGGUGUUCGCCAGGAUCGUGAGGGACGAGGGGCUGAGGACGCUCUACCGCGGCUACCCAGCGACGGUGCUUGGUGUGGUGCCCUAUGCUGGUGUCUCUUUCUUUACGUAUGAUUCGCUCAAACAUUGGUAUCUUGACUACAUGGGCAGCAAGCCGAGCGGGUGGGUGAACAUGGCGUUCGGCGGCGCGGCGGGCGCGCUGGGGCAGACCGCGUCGUACCCGCUCGACAUCGUGCGGCGCCGCAUGCAGACCGCGCGCCGCCGCCCCGACGGCUCCUACCCGUACCCGGCCAUCGCGCGCACGCUCGCGCACGUCUACCGGGACGAAGGCUGGCGGGCCUUUUUCAAGGGCCUCAGCAUGAACUGGGUAAAGGGCCCCAUAGCAGUCGGAAUUUCUUUCUCCACGUACGAUGCCUUUAAGAGUACCCUCAGAGAGGUAGCACUUACCUUUGAAGCGUUGGGGGUCAAUUUAUAAUUAUAUCACUUAAAGGCCCUAAUAUAUUAUGAUAUAAUAUGUUAUGUUUAAGUUUUUUGCCGAAUAAUUUGGUAAUUUACUUGAAUAUGUGAAAAAAGGCUUAUUAAGUCUUAUUAUAACAUCAUUUUUACUGUUAUUUUUUUACUUAUAAAAGUACUAAAAGGAGUAACAGCAAUCUCUCGUUGCAUGAAAAGACCUUGUAAGGGUCUGUAAUAUAUUAGGGCCUUAUUGAUUAUAAGUCAAAAUAACAUCUUAUCAUUGUUUCGAAUUAUAUAAGGUUAAUAAUUUUAUUUAAAGCCAUGUGUUUUGUACAUUUUGAGAUAAAAAGGCCUUAAAGGGACUUUAAUAAUGAAAUGGCCUUUUUAUGAAUUAAAUUUUUACCUUGAUUUAAUAUUAUAAAUUGUAUUUUUUAGCUUUUGCAAUAUUUUAUUUAUUACGAAUUUUAAUUUUUGCAGCUUUAUGUAAUCGUUAUUAUUGUAAAAAUAUCGAAAUAUAUUAUAAGGUGAAAUAAAAACCUCAUUUUGUUAUAAUUAUAAUGUUAUUUUGUAAUUAUAAGAGACCUCAUGAAUACUAUAUCUGCCUCUUUUUAAAUAUUAAAUACACAUAUAGCUGUCUCGCUCUUUCGUUUGACAGUAAGUAUUGCCAGUGUAGAAUAAUGUUUUUUGUACAUAAAUGCCUUUUGAUAAAUGGGAAUUGUGCAAUUAUUAUCAGAAUACGAGUGUUCUAAUUUAGACAGAGAUAUUAUAUAAAAAAAUAAAUAAUAUUAAAUAUAAAUUAUUAAAUUAUAAAAAUAUUAUGCUUUUCUGACCUUUUGAGAACUUAGACAUUUUUGUAUAUUUAGUACAGCGUAUUACAACAGUUUUUACUCCGCUCAGUAUUUUAAGCUGUUACACAUGUUUAUAUUAUACUGAAUCUCCGCUUAUUUUAUGUGUAAGUCUAUGUUGGAAAAUGCUGAACCAAAAUGGAUGGGACUUUCACGGUUCCACUUCGAUCGAUAUUACAUUGGAAUUACUCAAGAAACGGUGUGUGUGCCGAGCACACGUGUCAGAAGUGAAACUUCUUUGGUAAGACUAAAAGAAACCAAAAUCAUCGCCUUACACCAUGACGUGAUGGUAUUGCCAUAACGCAACCUUAAAAUUUUACUCUCAACGCGCCUAAAGAAGUUUCACUUCAAAAAAAGUAGAAAAUAAAUCCUUUAUAGAAAUGUUCUUUGGUUGUAUUUUAUAUAAAAUAUAUUGUUAAGAAAUAAUAUUUAAGAAACAAGUUUAUUCACAUAGUAGGUAUUGCUUUGUUGAUUUUGAUAAUUUUUACACUUUAUAGUAGACUUAUUGCACUGUUUGUAGAAUGUAUAAAUGACAAUACUGUUUUUCAAUUUUAUUUAAUUAACUGUGACUGUAAGCGACAAUAAAUAAAUAAAUAAAUA